UGAAAUUAGAAAAUCGAAAAUUGGGGUGUUAUUAUAAGCACGGAUAUCCAGUCGCUUCCCUUAAUAAUUCCGUCGCUUGAACUUCUCAUCUGGUGCACCAAUAUCAUUCUUCGCAGCAUUUCUCUGCUUUGAGCGGCGAUGAGUCGCAUUGAUUUUAUGCCCUCGCCAAUUUUAAAUCCUUCCAUUGUCAACGCCGAAACGCAGAAUGGUCAUACGUAUGAGAUGCAAUCGAUACAAUGCGGAGAGACUAAUUUGUUCGAAGCUGCGGCUGACGGGCGCAUGGCUGAUGUGAAAGCCUACUUUUCAUCAACUACAAACAAAGCGGACAUUUUGGAUCAUAAUGGCCAAGGUGCUCUUCACCACGCAGCGAGAAUGAACCGAGUUGAGGUUGUAGAGUUUAUGCUGAAAGCAGGCGCUAAUGUUGAUGUUCUCAAUCGAGAGGGUCUAACUCCUCUUCAUGUCGCAGCCAGGUCGAAUUCUCUGGAAGCCCUUAACUCUUUGCUGAAGAAGGGAGCGAAACUAAACUUCGUUAGCACAUCAAGAGGCUGCACUCCUCUUCACAUUGCGGUAGAAUUCGGCAACAGACAGACCGUUCAGCGCCUACUAAACGAAAAGAGCCUGGAAAUUGAUGCAAAAAACGAACAAGAAGUAACUGCCCUACACAUCGCCAUCAGUCGUGGAUAUGAGGGUAUAUGUAGAGAUCUUCUCCACAACGGUGCAAGUGUUAGUAUAUCUACCAAAGAGGGUAACUCAUGUCUCCAUCUGGCAGCAAGUGCUGCCAACUCAGAUAUUUUUUCUGCAGUUAUUCAAGCAGCUAUGGUGGACAUUACAAAUUACCCAGCUUACGCUAUGCAGCCAACCAGAGAUGUACCAGAAUUUGGCCAGAUUAUCAAUCAAACAAACGGAGACAAGAACACAGCGCUUCAUAUCGCUGUCCAAACAGGUCACGUUUCCAUUUGUAGCACCCUCCUACAGCACGGUGCAGAUCCCAACUUGCAAAACAGAUACCAUAAGACCCCCCUACAUUUGGCUUCUAUCAGAAAAAGAAAAGAGAUUGUGGAAUCCCUCAUCCGGCGAGGAGCGCAAUUAAACAUAAAGGAUCGGAAGCAGAGAACACCUUUACACAGUGCAGCGUCGUUCGGAAGUGAAGACGGCAUCGAUCUUCUACUCAAGAGCUUCGCAUCCAGAGAUCCGAAAGAUGAUGAGGGAAUGACGCCCUUUCUUUGCGCUGUAGCUGCUGGUCAUACCAGAUGUGCCGAGUUACUCCUGGAGUGUGGUGCAAAUAUCACAGUUCGUGACAAAUACCAGCGAUGUUGUAUUCACUUUGCCAUAGAAAACGACAAAGAAGAGGUCUUAGCCAUGUUGCUGCAAAGACCAGAGUGUGAACUCAUUAAUGCCCCUGAUAUUCAUGAAAGGACGCCAUUGCAUUGUGCUGCUUUAUCGGCUAAUAUAAGGUUGUUAGACAUUUUGUUGGGAAGGAAGGCGAACAGUCUCCUCACAAAUGGUGCUGGUAAAACUGCCCUGCACAUGGCAGCUGAAACCGGAAGAGUUCGUCAUGUUGAAACUUUAGUCAAGAAUUCUUGCGCCAGUGUUGACCAAAAGGAUCCCGAAGGACGGACACCAUUACAUCUCGCAGCAUUGAAUGGAAAUGAGAAAAUCUGCUUAACCCUCUUGCGCAUGGGCGCACAAGUCGACAGCGUUGACGUCAAUGACUCCACUCCUCUUCUACUCGCUGCAAAGACAGGUACAGGUAGCAUAAUCCAACUGUUCCUUGAAAAGAACGCCAACAUAGACCACCAAGACAAAACUGGAAGCACUGCACUCCUGAUUGCGUCCACAAGAGGGCACGUGGAUGUUGUAAAAAUGCUUUUGAGUAGACAAGCAAGCUUAAAACCGAACGAAAACGGCCUCAACUGCCUCGAUGUGGCCAUAGAUAACCAGCAAAGUGACGUUGUUAUGACUAUAAUAAAAAAUUCGAGAUGGAGAGAGGUUUUAUCUGCGAAGAGCUCUGAUGGUCAGAACAGAAUGGGAAAGCUAAUUCAAAGGUUCCCGGAUUCUGCCAAAUCUGUACUGGAUCGCUGUAUUCAAAGGUCUACAACCAGUCGAUCCAUCACAUACGACUUCAGCCUUCUCGAUCCAGGUCCUGACGAUAGCAGUGGACCCAGUGGGAGGCCGUUCUUUGGUCUUGCGGUCAUGGUAGAGUACAAACAGAAAGAUCUUCUGGUUCACGAUGUUUCCAGAAAACUCCUCCGGAUCAAGUGGCGUGUCUAUGGAUGGUUUGUUUACUGGACAAACCUUGUCCUUUUUUCCAUAUUUCUUGGGCUUUUGACAUAUUUUAUGUUACAUGAACGGGGCAAUGUUGUGCUCAAACCUAAAAGUAGUUACGUCGACGACGAAGAAGAGGCCGUUUUCCGAAGGAAUGAGACUAACGUGUUCAAACACUUAGUUGAGUUCCUUAUUCUGAUUUUUGCAUCUUUCCAUCUCUUAAAAGAGCUGUAUCAAAUCUAUGUUCAGCGACUAGAGUAUUUCAAACAAGUGACAAACUUGAUGGAGUGGGUCCUUUAUCUGUCGACAAUAAUAUUCAUUCUUCCUUACAUAUUUGAGAGUCUAACAAGUCUUCGAAGUUAUCCGAACCUCACCUGGCAGUUAGGAACACUUGCUGUAUUUCUGGGCUACGUAAAUCUUAUUUUGUUCGUUCAAACUCUGGACUAUGUUGGUAUUUACGUGACAAUGUUUUUCCAAGUGGCAACCACCGUGGGUAAAGCCAUCAGCCUUUUGGCCUUGUUUUCUGUUGCUUUUUCGGUGGUGUUCUUCAUUUUAUUCAGGGAACAGGAAACGUUUGAAACAUUUGGCUUAACGUUAAUGAAAGUGGUUGUAAUGACUAUUGGUGAGCUCGAUUAUACCUCCAUGAUCGUGGACAAUUUUAACGUCUCCUCGGACUCCGGGGCGCCUUUGGUGCCUUACCGAGAAUCUUCUCUCAUCUUCCUAUCUGUCUUCAUAUUUGCUAUACCCAUCGUUCUCAUGAACCUUCUGGUCGGUUUAGCUGUGGGUGACAUAGAAUCCGUGCAACGAUAUGCAUAUCUCAGAAACAAGGGAAAGUUCGUGGACUUCGUCUACGGGGUCGAAAGAAGAUUUCCAAAAUUCAUCACGCGUUAUUUUUACAAGCCUCAAUUGGUGAUAAGUGGUAGCUUCUUGGAAAAGAAGAUCUCGUCACAGGAAUACACCUUUGUCGUUGACCAAGACCUUGAUGAAGAUGAAGAUUAUAUGACAGCAGACCAGGUGGAGGAGCAAAAGCUAGAAAUCCUCACCAAGGAACUGGCAAAGACCACUCAACGACAGCUGUCUAUUAUCGGAACAAUUCAGGACCAGAGGAACCUUUUACUUGCAUUAGCUGCCAAAGCAGGAGUUGAAACUCGAGAACAAGACACUAGAUAACUCUCAAGAGCGUUAAUUAGAUCGUUGAUUGUACGAGGCAACUUAUUACAUAAUAGCCACGGGUUCAAACAUUGCAAAAUAAUUUUUCAUUUUAUUUUUCUUUCAAACCUGGUUUGCCAUGAUUUUCAUAGUUCUCUUGUUAUAAAUGUGCACGUGGCACCCCACAUACGUUUUCCAAGGAUGAAACGUUUCGCUAUAAUUGGAAAUCAUGUUCCAGAACGUUUUGCAUGGUUGCCAAACAUUUCCUGUGAAAAAAGAUCGAUGAAACAGAAAUAACAAAGAACUUAACGAUAAGCUGAACAAUUGAUUUAGACUCGAUCAUGCACAAUGGUACAUUCGGCUUCGACAAAAUUGCGCUUCUUUUAAGCAGUUAAAAUAACAAGUGGAGCGCUAUUCAGUGUAGAAGGAUGGAAUCUUCAUAUUAUUUAGUCCAAGAUAAGUAAGUACGUAUAAGGCCAAGAAUGAAGCUAUUAGGCAGUUCUAUCGAGUAGCGGGGAUUUUCUGUUGGGCACGUGUUAAAUGUUUCUUAAACUGGCUUCUUAUUUUAUCUUCUGCCAGAGAUCAAAAGUGAAAUAAGCGAUAUCUCUCCUGAACUAAGGAAUUAAUACUGAAUUCUAUUCUGUAAGGAAAAAAAGUUUAUCGUAGCUGCCGUUUCUAUAUAUUUUUAUAAUUGACCAAUGUACAUUUUACUACUUUUUAUCAGACACCGAGAAGCAUUAACAAGCUCUUAAGUACAAUUUUUGAUGCGAUGGACCUUGUUUCUUUUUUUUAAUAAA